AUCUUAUAAAUUCAUUUCGAUUGCCAUUCAAUUCUCUUCUUUGGAAGGCGUGUUUUUACUCUCACCUUCUCCCACUCCUCGUAAAACCCUAGUUCUCAGACGCCACUAAAACCUUAGUCCUCUCACUCGUCUUUCAUCAUCCUCAUAAAUGGAGUUCUGGGGUAUUGAAGUUAAAGCUGGACAGCCUAUUAAAACGGACCCUGGUGCCAGUCAUGUCAUCCAUCUUUCCCAGGCAACACUUGGUGAGUCAAAGAACAAAGCAGAGUCGGUUCCUCUCUAUGUGAAUGUUAAUGGGAAGAAACUCGUUCUCGGAACACUUUCCCACCAGAAUUGCCCGCAAUUGUGUUUUGAUUUAGUAUUUGAGCAAGGCUUUGAGCUCUCUCACAACUGGAAAAAUGGGAGCGUCUAUUUCCUUGGUUACAGAACUUUUGUCCCAGAGGAAGGCUCUGAUGAUGAAUUUGAUAGUGAGGAAGAAAGUAGCGAGGAUGAGGAACUUCCUGUGGCUGCUGAAAACGGAAAAGCUAAGACAGAUGCAAAAACGGCUAAUGCUGGGAAACCUGAUGCUGUAAAACAAGCUGUCAAGAUAACUGAACCAAGUGAUAACAAGAAAAAUGAGGACGAUGAUGAUGAUAGUGAUUCCGAGGAUGGAAGUGGUUCUGAUGAUGAAGAUGAUUCCGAGGAUGAAGAUGCAGAGAUGUCUGUGGAUGAAAGUUCAGAUGAUGAGGAUGAGGAGACACCUAAGAAGGUUGAGUCGAGCAAAAAGAGACCGGCAGAAGCUGCAACACCUGUUUCUGCAAAGAAGGCUAAACCUGCAGCGACACCUCAGAAAACAGAUGGUAAGAAGGGUGGUCACACUGCAACCCCACACCCAUCAAAGCAAGCUGGGAAAACUUCUGGAAAGAGUCCAAAGUCUGGUGGUCAAUUCUCUUGUGGAUCUUGUAGCAAGUCCUUUGGUUCCGAGGGUGGUCUAGAGUCCCACAAGAAGGCCAAGCAUGGUGGCAAAUGAGAUGAUAUUACAUGCUCUUAUGUGCAUGUUUAAUUUUUGAGAGAUUAUGCUUUUCUUAGUAAACUGGUAGUUUAUUGUCUAAAAAAGGCAAUUGAGUCCCCUUGCUUCUGAUUGAAAGCUUAUCGUUUUGGCAAAUUAUAUAUUUAGGGUGUAAUGUUGCGUAUCUCAAAUCGUUUACUAUUUUAGUCGUGUUUUUUUUUUCUGGCAUUAAA